AGCCUCUCACACACAGACCCAACAGACGCACUGACACAAGGUGUUUACAGUGCACCUCCUCUGUGACUCCUGGCUCGGGGCUGUCCAGGCUUGACAGAGCUCCAGAAUCACGGAUCAGAGAAGGGAGGGGAACCGGAGCCUGAGCAGAGGAGACGCCUGAAGCAUGAAGGAUAAAACUCUGUGACUCUUCUUCUUCUUCUUCACAUUGCUGCGGGGCCUCAUCAAACAGGACGACUGAUCGACUUCCUCCACCGUUAUUAUGACCAUCAGCCAAAACAUGUCUACAGAUAAUGAAACUGACGACUGCAAUGUACCCAAUAAGUCCACGUAUGACGCUCUCUCCUGGCUGAUGGUUGGAGAGUUCAUGCUGGGUCUGCCGCUCAACCUAUCGGUCCUCUACAUCUUCAUCUUCAGAUUCAAGUUCUGGAAGAACAAAAGCAUCCUGCUCUUCAACAUCGUGGUCGCUGACUUCCUGCUGGUGGUCUGUCUCCCUGCCAGGGCCUACAACUACCAGAACGGCCUGCGGCGCAGCGAGGACAACGUGGUGUGCAAGAUCAUGCUCUUCAUGCUCUUUCUCAACCGAGGAGCCAGCAUCACCUUCCUCAUCACGCUGACCAUCGACCGCUACUUCAACGUGGUCCACCUGGGGAGGAGGAACUUUGUCAAAGGGCUGAAGAAAUCUCCCCAGUUCUCCAUCAUCAUCUGGGUCCUGCUGCUGCCGCUCACCAUCCCCACCAUGCUCCAGAAAAACGGGUGCUGCAACAGCCUCGGACGAAAUGAGGACACACAGGACGUGGUGGACAUUUUGAGAGAGGUGGUCUUCUUCUCUGAGAUCCUCAUCCCCUUCGUCAUCCUCGUCUUCUGCACGGUGCGCAUCGUCCACCGGCUCAGGAAGAAGACCGUGGGGGAGAAGGCCAAACUGAGGAGAGCCAUGUGGUUGGUCAUGUCUGUGGUGGUGGUCUUCUCCGUCUGCUUCCUGCCCUGCGCUGUCGCCCGAGCGGUGCUGCUGAUCGUUCGGCGGAAGGGUGCCGGGGACGGACACUCAGCAUUGCUGCCGAGCGAAAGGCAGGAGGCCGAGGACGCCGUGGUGCAGGUGUACGACGGCCUCAUGGUUCUGUCUUACACCGACUGCCUGCUGGACCCGCUGGUCUACUGCUUAAGUAACUCGGGGUUUAAAAACGCUUACAUGUCCACCUUCUGCCCCACGUUUCUGCAGAAGAGGCUGAAGAAAUACGACAUCAGCUCAACGACAGCAACGAACACAGCUACAACCUCUGCAGCGAGAAAAAUUUCAUUGCCGUUCGUAGGCAAGUGACUUGUUCUUCUGCCGAACUGUGAAUCUAUAUCUAAAGGCAGCAUCUGCGGACAUUUAGCAUCACGCCUCAGCCGUACAGAUUAUAACCACUGCUUCUGUUCUCAGCUACUGUGGCACAUCAGACUCUUUCUUUCUGUCAAUGAUGACCAUUAAAGGUCAUCAAAGGUCGUCUCACCGGCAAGAACAGCGCCACAGCAAUAUAUGAUUGAAGGGUUUGAAUGGAAAUGGAAAAGAGGAUGAAGGGAUGAGGGUGAGUUGAGGGAAAGAGCAAUAAGGGAUGAAGGGAUGAGGAUGAAGGGAUGAGGGAGGGAUGGGGGGAUGUUUGUGAUCUGUGGGCAGGGGCGUUUCAGGGGACUUUGGGGCUCCAAGCAAAAGCCCCCCUCCACCAUCCCAGGUGCAUCAUAAACAUAUUUAGAUUUUCUUUCCGUUAAGCACCGGAGUCAGAGCUGCAGAUUUGGGUGUUGCUUCAAAGUCAAAGUUACAAAGUGUCGCUUAAAAUGUAUUUUUAUAUCUGUAUUUUUAUAUCUGUAUUUACUUAUAAUAUAUUAAAGUAUUUGGAUUCUUGUGAGUCUGCGUUCAGGA